GCUUCGGCUCAGAGCAGCCGCCGCGGCGCAGCAGAGCCGCUCCUUCCCCCGCCCGUCCGCGCGCCGGGGCCGGGGCUAGGCCCCCCACCGCCGGGUCCCCCGGGGCUGCAGCAGCAGCGGCGCCGCCCGCGGUUCCCGCCGGGACCCGGGCGCCGGCCCCGCUCUGCAGGAUGGGCACGGUGCUGUCGCUUUCCCCUGCUUCCUCGGCCAAGGGCCGGAGGCCGGGAGGGCUGCCGGAGGAGAAAAAGAAGGCGCCGCCCGCGGGGGACGAGGCGCUGGGGGGCUACGGCGCGCCGCCGGCGGGCAAGGGCGGCAAAGGCGAGAGCCGGCUCAAACGGCCGUCCGUGCUCAUCUCCGCGCUCACCUGGAAGCGCCUGGUGGCAGCCUCGGCCAAGAAGAAGAAAGGCAGCAAAAAGGUGACGCCCAAGCCAGCGUCCACUGGUCCCGACCCUUUGGUCCAGCAGCGCAACCGCGAGAACCUUCUCCGCAAGGGCCGCGACGCCCCCGACGGUGGCGGAGCAGCCAAGCCCCUGGCCGUUCCGGUGCCCACGGUGCCCGCGGCCGCUGCCACCUGCGAGCCCCCGUCGGGGGGCAGCGCGGCUGCCCCGCCACCGGGUUCAGGCGGGGGAAAACCGCCGCCGCCGCCACCCCCAGCCCCGCAGGCGGCACCGCCGGCGCCCGGAGGCUCUCCGCGGCGGGUCAUCGUGCAGGCGUCUACCGGCGAGCUGCUGCGCUGCCUCGGCGAUUUCGUGUGCCGACGCUGCUACCGCCUCAAGGAGCUCAGCCCCGGCGAGCUGGUGGGCUGGUUCCGCGGCGUGGACCGCUCGCUGCUACUGCAGGGCUGGCAAGACCAGGCCUUCAUUACGCCCGCCAACCUGGUGUUCGUGUACCUGCUGUGUCGCGAGUCGCUGCGCGGGGACGAGCUGGCGUCGGCCGCCGAACUGCAGGCCGCCUUCCUCACCUGCCUCUACCUCGCCUACUCCUACAUGGGCAACGAGAUCUCUUACCCGCUCAAGCCCUUCCUCGUGGAGCCCGACAAGGAGCGCUUCUGGCAGCGCUGCCUGCGCCUCAUCCAGCGGCUCAGCCCGCAGAUGCUGCGGCUCAAUGCCGACCCCCACUUCUUCACGCAAGUCUUUCAAGACCUCAAGAACGAGGGCGAGGCCGCGGCAAGCACCGGGGGUCCACCGAGCGGAGGCGCGUCCACCACCUCCUCCUCGACCGCCAGGGACAGCUGCGCGGCCGGAGCCAAGCAUUGGACUAUGAACUUGGACCGCUAGGGAUUCCCAGGGGCCGCGCCCCCCCCCCACGCCCCAGCCCCUCACACUCACACACGGAACCCCCGGGACCAUCAAGCCUCCGCCGCUAUUACCGCCGCUCUACGCCCAAGCUGGGCCGAGGAGGAGCCGCCCCUGCCCCGCAGGGGAAG